CUCUAUUGCGUGAAGAUCCGCGUCUGCGCUAUUUUUCUAAAAUCCUUGGUCUGCACGUGUGUACAAACUUUGGUCGAUUGUGUUUACGUGAAAUCCUCGAAAGAUGUAAAUUGUAAACAAAAACACGUGCGAGUGGGAUGUCAAGUGCGUCUGAUUAGUUUUGGAGUUUUAAGCCAUAAGUCUUUCAGUUCAAUGAUGAGUGAUGUUAGAACUUUUAUAAAUCCCAUCCAAACAAACUGUGAAUAAACUGUAAGUGCCUUUGCGUUGUGUUAUCGUAACUGGAACGAAUCCAGACUUCCUUGGGCCUAAUUUAAAAGGCUAUUUUAGGUAUCGAGUAUGUCGCGCAAAUCUGCCACUAGAAAGUCUACAUCUCUGUGGGAGAAAUGUGAAGUUUGCCAGGCAGUUAUAUCUCAAAAGGAUCAUGCUACACAUCUAAAUGGAUCGUGCCCUCAGGCACCAGAAGCAUGGAAUCAUGCUUACAUUAUGGAUGGUGUUUUGUAUAGCACACUGGAACAGUUGCCAUCAGUUGAAUCGUUGAAAAAUUUGCCCUCUCAGGAACGUGAGAAAUUAGUACUUCUGUCACAGUCUGCUCUUCAGAUUUGUGGUAUGGUGAUUGGUGAUCCAGUAAUUAUCAGUUCAAAAGGGAAUUCUGCUGUGAAAAUUGCCUGGCCUACUUCAGAAAAGUCUGUAACAUCAGUUUUAAUGAUAAAAGAAGGGUUGGAAAUAUUUAGAGGACAAUUUGGUGAUCAAAUUUGUGUAAGGAAGUUGAAUGUGAAACCACUGCCUGCCCAAGAAGUUAGGCUCAAGCCACUGACUCACAUAGAAACUUCUUCAGACCUUUCACUACUGAUUCAUCACCAAUAUAAUAGCAGCAUAAUUUCUGUACGAAACAGGCUAAGAAUUUUACACUAUGGCAGACCUCUGACAUUUGAAGUGACUGACAUUAAACCAUAUAAAAUGUGUGAUGUAAACAUUGAAGAGGUAGCAGACGAUAUUUCUAGGCUGAAAAUUGAAGAAUCGGAAACCUUUUCUGAGUCAUGCCAAGCAAAGAAAAGUGUGGAAGUUAUGAAUGACAUUGAAGUUUAUUCAGUGAUCAGCAGCACUUCAUGGGUUCUUCAGCGGACAAGUGCAUUGCCAGCUGAUGACAAACAGGAUAUUACUGUGGACAAUGUAGGAGGCAUGGUGGACAUUGUAAAUGAGAUUACAGAGCUAAUGAAUCUAGCAUUCGGGGAUGUUAAGCCAUUUGCAGGUUUGCGACCUACACGAGGAGUUUUGCUGCACGGUCCACCAGGUGCAGGAAAAUCAUUUAUAGCAAGAGCAAUUGCAAAUUCCAGUGGUGCAUCUGUUACUUACUUACACAGCUCUGAGCUGACAUCAGAUGCCAAAGCUAAGCUGUCGGCUCUUUCAUCUGCCCAAGGACAACAUGUUGCUAUAAUUGAUGAUGUGGAUGUUACUUGCCGUAAGCGGGGACCUGGAUCCGUGUCACUGUGCUUGUUGCUUGACAGCCUGCACUCUGCUGCAAGUAGAGUCAUCGUACUGGCUACCACUCGACACCCCGAUGAUCUUGAUCCCACACUUCGUCGCCCAGGGAGGUUGGAACGUGAGAUUGAAGUAGGAGUGCCAAACCCAGCUGCACGUUUGGAUAUCCUGGGUCGCCUGCUACCAGAUGUCACCCAUGACGUGCUGAGUGAUGCAGCAGCAGCUGCCCAUGGGUUUGUGCCAGCCGACCUGGCAUCUCUAGCAUCACAUGCAGUGCUGUCAGCUGCUCGUCGCGGUGCUUCACAGCCAGUGAAAGAUGAUAUUGCUGCUGCCUUCUUGCAAGUUCGUCCGAGUGCACUACGCGAGGUCCUUGUUCAAGUGCCAAAUGUGCAGUGGAGUGACAUUGGUGGCCAACAUGAUUUGAAACUCAAGCUUCGCCAAGCAGUGGAGUGGCCACUGCGUCAUCCUCAAGCCUUUUCACGUCUUGGUAUCUCACCACCACGUGGUGUGCUGAUGUUUGGACCACCUGGGUGUUCAAAGACUAUGAUUGCUAAAGCACUUGCAACAGAGAGCAAGUUAAAUUUCAUCUCAAUAAAGGGACCAGAGCUGUUUAGCAAGUGGGUAGGAGAAUCUGAACGAGCAGUUCGUGAAGUCUUCCGCAGAGCACGACUAGUAGCGCCUGCGAUUGUGUUUUUUGAUGAGUUGGAUGCCUUGGGUGGUGUGAGAGGAGAUGGUGGCGGCAGCAACAAUGUACAGGAACGUGUUCUCGCACAACUGUUAACUGAGAUGGAUGGUGUAACUCCUCUGGGCAAUGUGACAGUUGUUGGUGCUACAAAUCGCCCUGACAGGAUUGACAAGGCUCUCUUGCGUCCUGGACGUCUCGAUCGUAUUAUUUAUGUUCCACUGCCUGAUGCUGACACUCGGCGUGAGAUAUUCAUGCUUCAACUUGGACGUCGAACACCAGUUGCCUCCGAUGUAAAUGUUGAAGAACUUGUUCAAAGCACUGAAGGAUAUUCUGGAGCUGAGGUUCUUGCAGUGUGCCAUGAGGCAGCACUUAAAGCUCUAGAAGAUGAUUUGGAAACAGAUGUCGUUGCACAUAAACAUUUCCAGGCGGCUCUUCAGAUAGUCACACCUAGAACUCCUCCGUCGCUCUUGAAGCUCUAUGAAACAUAUCUACAAAGUUGAUUGAAUGAGAGGUUUGGAGAAACUACUGCAUACAGUCAGAGACUUGGUAAAUGAUGCAAGAUAUGUGAAGGAAGAUAAACAUUGAAUCAAACAGAGGAUUAAGAAACAACAAUUUUGAGUGAAAGAUAUUGUUUGUUAUAUUUUGUGCAUUGCAGUUAGUGGGUUAUAUUUCUUCUCAAGAUUCUAAUCAUUUAAAUUUGUUUAGGAGUUUGAAGAAGCAUCAAAGUCAGCAUAACACAUCUAUUAAAUUUUUGAAGAAAAAAAGAAAAUGUUGAUUGUGCAUAAGAUUGUAAAAUAAAAAUAAAGAUAUUUUAAUGUUAUUA